CCCCCCCCCCCCCGCGACUGUUUGCAGCGACGGUCCCACCGUAGCCGCCGCCGCCACAGCGCCACCGGAGUCCCAAAACGACCGGCAAGCCUCCCCGUACUUACCCACCCCGUCGCCGCCGCUCGAACCGCCGGAUUUGGCCGGAAAAUCAAGAAAACCGCCCGGUUUCGUGAGAAAAUUCCCUCUAUCUUUUCGGACUUUUCCGGCGGCCAAAUCUUGCAAUCCAGGUAUAAGUCUUGACCGGCAGUUUGGAGUUUUUCCGAUCGCCGGAAUUGCUUUGGACACCCACGCGCAGGAGAGAGAGAGAGAGAGAGAGAGAGAGAGAGAGAGAGAGACUUAUUGGUUCAUAUUAGGACGCUAGUUGCUAUUGUUGGAAACUGAGGCUGAAGACAACCCAAAUGUUCUACCUCAGCCGAAUUGAGCACACUCUGCGUCUGCCUCCCCAUCUGCUUAGCCUUCGUCUAGAAGAUGCAGUUAGAGGAGAGCUUGAGAAGCUUUUCUUAGAUAAGGUUAUCGCCAACUUGGGACUUUGCAUUUCUGUGCAUAGUAUCCAAUCCAUUAAGGAUGGCUUUAUCUUACCUAAUGAUGGUCAUCCAACUUUUAGGGUGGAGUUCACACUGAUUAUGUUUCGUCCAUUUGUGGGAGAGAUAAUUGUUGCAAAACUUAAAGAAUCUACUGCAAAUGGUUUACGUCUGUCCCUUGAAUUUUUUGAUGAUAUUUAUGUACCUGUUCAUCUUUUGCCUGUUCCAUCCCAUUCCGUGCCUGACCCAGGAAAGAGGGAUAGAGUCAUGUGGAUAUGGAAGUUUCCUGAUUCAGAUGAAGAACUUGUUAUUGAUGGGAUAGACCAGAUAAAAUUCCAAGUUCACAGUGUGAACUUUCCUCCAAUUCCAAUUGAGCAGCCAGAAGACUCAAAACCAUUUGCCCCUAUGGUGGUUACAGGAUCAAUUGAUUUUGAUGGUUUGGGCCCUGUUUCGUGGUGGGUGGAUGCAGAAGAUAAGGAUGAAGAACCUGAAGAUCCUUAAGCUGACAGACCUUCAGCAAAGGGGGGCUACUUCUAUCAUGUUUCUCAUGAAUGUGUUUGAAGGCAUGAAUACAAUUUGAUUUGAGCUUGUAACUUCUUCAUUUUAGAUUAUACAUAAACUAUUGUAGUUCGAAUUAGCUUGAUGGGAAGGUGGACAAACUUUAGUGGUGUAGGGGGUAAAACAAUAUUUGUAUGAAUUCCAUUCUGAAUCAGCUUAGCUUAAGCCUUUGAGGGUUAGUGGUUUUGACCUGCUGCCCCAUUUGCAAUAUCUUGGGGAAACUGCUACUUGCACAUAUCUAAACGUAAUUCUAGCUUCAAAGUGUUUUCUUUGAGUGUAGAAUUGUGAAAGCACUUGAUAGAAUAAAUGUACUUGUUUUUU